AUGGAAGAACAUUUUUGGUUAAAAGAAAAAGGUUUAUAUGCAAAUGAAGCAACACGUGAUUGGCAAUUAAAAGAUUAUCGUGAUCAAAAUGAUAAUAUGCAUGCACGUGAAGCGAUGUUAACUGCAUAUGAAGUAACGAAAGAUGAAAUUUAUUUAGAACGUGCUAAAAGUGUAGCUAAAGUUAUGACAGAAAGUUCAAAAGAAUUAAAUUAUCAAAUAUGGGAACAUUAUUAUUCUGAUUGCACACCCGAUUUUGAAUAUAAUAAAAAUGUUCGAACAAAUUCAUUACGUCCAUGGGGUAUUCAAACAGGUUAUCAAACUGAAUGGGCUAAACUUUUACUUAUACUUGAUCGACAUGAUCCACAUGAUCCACAACCAUGA